AAGCGGCGCACGACAAAAAUAAUCGGCAACAUAUCGCCUAUCGGCGGGCCGCCAUAAUCUGUAGUGAGAACAACAAAUGUGCGAGCGGUUGUCCAGGAACUGCAAAAAUUUUUGCAAUAUGUUGGCGCAGGUUCAACGAAAAUCAGCGCGAAUUCCCUUUUGAAACAAAAAAAUGCAUUUCAUUAAUGAAACAUAAUAAUUAAAAAUCCCCAAAAAAAAGAUAUCUAUAUAUUUAAUAUAAAAAAAUGUGAGCAUGUGUAAUGUGAAAUUUAGCCAAUAAGCACGAAUUCUAUGUAUUAUUUAAAUUUUUGUUCGAUGGGUGCCCAAUAAUAAAAAAGUAAAACAAAUCAAAAAAACACUCAAAAAAAAAGCUAAGCAGAGCAAAUAACAAAAACCAGACCAAGCAAAGCAGCGCAGCAACAACAACAACGACAACAGGACCAACAACAAGGCGAGAAAGAGAUAGCAGCAGAGGUGAGCGCAACGCGCAGUUUGCUUUGUUGUUGUUCUUGCUACUGCUGCUUCUAAGGUGAAGCGAAUGAGCGCGGAGCAAAGGUGAAAAAGAAAAAUGUCAACGUUCUUGAACAAUUUCUUCCCGGCAGAUACGGCUGCUAUGGAUCCAAUUUUCUUUUCACCUUCAAAUGGUAUACCGUCUGAGAGUAAACUCGCCACUUAUAUGAAUGUUGCCACAGCGACGGGCUAUGGGCUGAAUACUGCUAGUGUUAAUGUUAACCUUAACAUUAAUGUUAAUGCUAGCAGUAACAGUAGCAAUAAUAGUAACGGUAACAGUAACUGUACAACUAACAGUAGCAGUAACAGUAACAGUAAUGGGUUCGCACUACUUAACUUGGACUCUUCCUCUUCUACGUCUCUAGCUGUUAAUAAAAAGACUCAGGUAACGCCACAAUCGCCCGAAUUCAUUCCAACCAAUUUUUAUACACCAUAUCACGUGAAUAAUGGCCUAAACGGCGUUAAUGGGUUAACUGCUGCUGCAGCCGCCGCCGUUGCCACAGCAUCAGCAACGGCAACAGCAGCAGCAACCGCGUCGCCCGUUUCCACCUCGUCCUCGGUGACGUCAGCGGUGAGCAUUAGUAAAACGGUAAAUGGCAGCAAUUCCUCCGCCGCCGUUGCCAGCUCAAUGAUGCUAUCCAUGCAACAACAAAAGACGACAGCAACAGUUGCAACUGUUAGCAUUGCCCAACAACAGCAGAAGCAGCAACAACAACAACAACAGACGGAACAAUCAGUGACGUCAGCUACAUCAGUCACAUCCUCAUCGUUGUCAUCGUCGUCAUCGUCAGCAUCGUCGGCACCCAUUGCAAUAAUUGGGGCACCACCGAAUCCAGCUGCUGCACCCUUUGUCAGCAGCAUGUCCGCCCAAACGCCGCUGAAAGCGCGGAACGCAAUGUUGCGCCAACAACAACAACAGCAGCAGCAGGAUUCACCCGCAACAACAGCAGCGGCAAUGAUCGGUGGCGAGAAGUCGCCGCCACACGGCAUGACGCCACAUGGUGCCUCGCCCAUACCAACCACAUUGCCAGCGAGCGUGCAUCAGGAGAACGUUGGUGGCACCAUCUACUUUUAUCCCACAGCGAAUGCGCCCAAUAAUCAGCCCGUUGUCAAUUCGGUUGUGGUGGAUUCCACACAUCCGUCGCAUCCCGCACAUCAUGGCGUUGUCAGCGCUGUGGCGCCACUGAAUGCAGUGGUGCCAUCGCAGCUGUUGUAUGCUGGCCAUGUUUAUCCGGGUCCGGCGUCCAAUGUGAUUGCCAUGCAGCCAAAAACGCAACUGGAAUCCGCUUUCUUUAUGCCCGACGAGAUGCGCUCCGACAUACUUGCCCGCAACGAGAUCUCCAAUCUGAUCAUGGACGCUGCGGAAGCGGCCCAGCAUGCUUUGCCUCUCGAGGUGGACAACUAUCACGCACUCUAUCCGCUGGAGGCGCCUGCCCAAGCGAUGCACACCAAACUAACCCUCCCAGCGAGCACCUAUCGAGCCACGCACAACAGCACCGGAUUCAAGUACUGCCUACGAAGAUUACACGGCUUCCGUUUGCAGUCCACGAAGUGCAUGACGCUCGUCGAGAUGUGGAAGAAACUGCAACACACGAAUGUCGUCCAGCUGCGCGAGGUGUUUACGACAAAAGCAUUUGGUGAUAACUCCCUAGUAUUAGUGUACGAUUAUUAUCCCGGCUCACAGACAUUGCUGGCCAAAUACUUUACGCCCGCGCCGGAGACCAACGGCUACACCGAUCCAUUCCAAGGCGACGCACGCCCCUUCAGUCAUAAGAGCAACAUGCAGCGCACAAAUAACGGACCCCUGCUCCCCGAGUCGACAAUUUGGUCGAUCAUCAUGCAGCUGACCGCGGGCCUCAGGGCUAUCCAUCAAGCGGGACUGGCCUGCAAAAUACUGGAUCCCACAAAGAUCAUUGUGACUGGGAAACGAGUGCGCUUCAGCUCCUGCUGCAUCUCAGAUAUCACGCAGUUCGAUCCCAAUGCGGCAAAUCCCCUGGCACUGGUCAACAUGCAUCAGCAGGACGAUCUGACCGCAUUGGGUCGCUUAGUAUUAGCGCUGGCCUGUCGCUGCCUGCAGUCCGUGCAGCGCGACAAUGUGCAGUCCAGCAUUGAUAUGGUAACCAGAAACUACUCCACCGAUCUACGCAAUUUUAUUGUUUACCUCUUCACCACGAAUAACCGCCGCUCUGUAACGGACCUGAUGCCAAUGAUUGGCGCACGCUUCUAUACGCAACUGGAUGCACUCCAGGCACAGGUGGACAUGCAGGAGGAUGAGCUGGCCAAGGAAAUGGAGAACGGUCGUCUCUAUCGCACUUUGGUUAAACUGAACAGCAUCAAUGAAAGACCUGACUUCAAUUUGGAUUGCACUUGGUCAGAGACUGGUGAUAGAUAUAUGCUGAAAUUAUUCCGUGAUUUUCUAUUUCAUUCCGUCACCGAGGAUGGCCGACCCUGGCUGGAUCACGCACACAUCGUACAAUGCCUCAACAAACUGGACGCCGGCUCCAUUGAGCGCGUGCAACUGAUGUCACGCGAUGAGCAAUCGGUUUUAAUUGUCUCCUAUGCUGAACUCAAGAAUUGUCUGGAGAACGCCUUCUCCGAACUGAUGUCGACGGCGGCCAAUUGAGCACAUUUCCCCAACGAAACACGUUAACAACAACAGCAACAACAAUAAUAAGAAACACGCGCAGCUGAUUUGGCCACGCCCCAACCACAACCCCAAAACAAAACACGCCCCUUCCCUACCCUAACCGACCACAAAGCAAACUACGAUUAAAAACGGUUAAAGAUUUAAGAGAAACAUUCAAUAUAAGUAAGACAUUUUGGGCGCGUGAAGAGAUGAGGAACAUAAAAUUAAAGAUAAUAAUAAUAAAAACUA